AUGACGAAUUGCCAUUCCUCUCAUUCCAUCAGCGAUUCAGCCCAGGACAAUGACUUAUCCACCGUGGAGAUCAGGUCGACCCACCAGCUCAAACGACUGCUACAAGAUCUCGCCGCGCUUCCCAUCAAACCACCUUCGAUCUACCUUGAUGCAUCAGGUGUUGGCCAAGAUCAGCUGCUCAACUUACAAUUUCUAGUGCCGCCAAAGAAUACACUAUACGUGAUCGACAUGGGUUGUCUUGGUGCCACGAUUCUGUCCACUGUCAGUGACAAUGGCGAAUCACUCCGCCUAAUACUUGAGUCAGAGGCUAUCCCAAAAGUAGGAUUCGACAUCCGCGGCAUGUCCCGACUCUUAUUUAAUCAACUGAAUGUGUCGCUUGGUAACAUGUAUGACCUUCAACUUAUGGAGCUCGCGAGCAGAGACGAUGGGCAGUCUAAAAAGUUUCUCGCUGGGCUCUCGCAAUGCAUUGUCCAGGACAUUCCAGACUCCAACAUCGUUAAACGUCGUUGGCUGCAGUCAGAUGACUCGACUGACAUGUACCUAUUCAACUCUCGAGGCCAUGUGCCUCGGCAAUCUCGGAGGCGUUUCGAGCUAUUUCCUGCCCUGUGGGCGGUUUACAGGCGCAAGCUUGGUCUUCCUGGGGAGCUUGUCUGGCUUCGUUUCGCACGUGCGGAGUCCCAGGAGAGAGUGCAAGAUUCUAAAAAAGGCCCGGGAAAACAAGACAGACAAAACUUGGGCCCAGAGAGUUGGUGGGAUCGCGAACAGAGAGAGGCUGCUAUUGACGAUUGGAAUGAUGAACUUCUUAUGGAAAUUAGAGUUGGACAUUGGAAGCUCAAUGAUGACGCUGAGUGGGUUCCCACACACAAAGAAAAUAACGGAAGUAUCGACCAGUUUUGA